AUGAGCCUCUUACCAUCGACCACCUACCAAUCUCCACCGCGGCUGGGCCGUGGUCGGCAACUUAAUACCAUUCUCGAGGAAAAGGAAGACGCAAGCCAAGGGGUGAAAAGCGACAGUGAGGGGGAUGGAAGUGAUUCGACCGUAAUCGGCCGUCCUGCAGCAUGGAAUCCGGCUCUCUUUACAACCGGUGCCCGCAAGAGCUCACUCGCCAAAUCGACCUUUCCGUCCUCGCCCAUCUCUUCCUGUGAACCCUCUCCUUCCAGCAGCGCUGGCUCAGGCUGUCGACGAGACUCGGCCCGAAGCUCUCUGGUGGGUAGCGACUCAGGCACGGUCUUCAGUGAUGACUGCCCGUCUUUGGCCAGCGACCCGACCAGCUUUGCCUCAGGAUCCAGUCGCAACAGCUUUGCCAGCGACAAAUCCAGCCGCAACCGCUACCCUGCUCUGAUCAUACCCAGAGACUCUUGGGGCUCGAUGGACGCGAGUCCGAUCAAGGAGAUCACUUUUGGCAUGUCUCCUGCCACCAAAAUCCGGCUGUCGCCCAGGGCACUGUCGGCGCUUCCCAGAGAUGUUCCAGCGAUCAAUGCCCCGCCGUCGCUCGGGGACAGCAACAGUUCGAUUUCGGAUUCACCGUGCAACGCCGAGACCAGCGCUCCCGUCACGCCGGACAUGAGACAACUCGAGGUCGUGGAGGGGGGCACCUGGGGAGGUCCACCGCCCAGCAAUCUCGAGUCCCAGCCUCUCGAGAUUGCUCUUGAUAAUGGCCACAGCGUGAUUCUGUCACCGGCGGAAGCGCACUCGGACAACAAUUCCUUCGGCAAUCUCGCGUCGCCGGCGGCAUUCACCGAGAUGAUUGUCAGUUUCCCGACGGUGCCGGGGGCCACCCCGCAGGACCUGUCGCCUCUGAUGCCCACGAUCGAUGAGCUCAAGAAGUUCGAGGACAAGCCGCCGUCCAAUGGCUCCGACGUGGGCGUGAGACUGCCGCCCGAGGCUCUGCAGCUCCUCCAACUGCUCGCGAGCCAGAAAAGCAGGGACGACGGGUCGAGCAGUUCUGGCAGCUCUCGCCCGUCCAAGAGGUCUGGGGGUCGACGACAGGAAAUGCGCGAGCGCAGCGACCCGGAGCCCAUCAGUCGACCACGCAGCGCCGACGGCGAGACCCCCAUCUCCGACUACAGCUUUUCGCAGCUGAGUAUCCCCUCACCAGGCGGCUUCUUUUCUUCCCUGCAGAAUGGUUCGCGACAUACCUGGUGCAUUUCCAAGUCCAAGGCACCGAGCGUGCCUAGCACCGCCACCGCAGAGAUGUUUUACAAUCGGCCAUGGGAGGGUCGGUCAAAGGACAACGUCGUCGAGACGGUGCUGACGGUCGACGACACAAAUAUGACGGAAGGCCCGCCGACCGCGAAGCAGGCCACCUUUGAUCUGGCGGUGGUGGGGAAACGUAAGAGCCAGCAGUCCCAGUCCGAGGAUGACGACCUCUACGGCCCUGCCACUGUUGUUGGUGCUGGAAGCCCCUCUAAGGCAUCUGAAGUGGUGACCGUAAACUAUGAAUACGACGAAAAGUACUAUGACGAACUCAAAAGGACGGCAGGCCAGAAUCUCGACCGGACGGGAUCCUGGCUCGCCGCCCAAACGGGCUACUUGUCCGCGAUCCUGGACUCUGACCCUAACGAGGAGCUCUCCGACAAAGCCGAACCUCCCGAUGGCAAGGACAUCAAGGCCGUCCAGAGCGUCCGUCGUACCGUGAUGUUCGCGGAGAAAGCCACGAUAGACACGUCAGUGGUGGUGGAGGUGGAGACCUGGCCAGAGAAGGAGAGUCCCGACAGCGAAGCCGAAGCAAAGGAACCCAUCUUUCUCGCCGCAUUCCAGCAUCUCGUCGCUGUCCGUAAACGUCGGGAUGCCUUCAUCCACUCGACAUCCCGCCUUGACGCGAUCCAGGCUCUUCGGAUUGCCCUCCCGGAAAAACACAUCAAGAACCUCCUCGGCCAGCACACAUUGGUCGACCCGGCACGUCCAAAGUAUUCUGGUCCGUUCAGCCAAAAUCCUCGACAGACGGGCGUGUUCGAGCGUACCGUCGAACAAAUCGCCUAUCAGACGGCCGAACGGGAACAACUUGCCCUUGCGUCGGUCGAGCCGUCGAACUGGCAGAUUGACGCCCUAAGAGCCAUGUUCCACGGACGUUUGCUUGCAUCUGCGGCCGCCUGUCAAAGGUUGAAGACCAAAGCCACCGUUCCUUUAGAUGAUCCUGCGUGCGUGGGAAGCAAACGACUCCGCAUUCUCGACAUUGGCGGUACGGCUUCGGCGUCGUGGGCCUGGAACGCAGCUCUGGAGUGGCCAAAUGUCAAAAUCUACACUGUCAUCACCAAGGAACAGGCACGGUCUCAACGGCCACCGACCAUGGCGAAACCUGAAGCCCCUGCGAACCACCGCACCAUCUCCGUCCCGCACCUCUGGCAGCUACCUUUCCGCGGCGGACACUUCGAUGUCAUCUCGGCGCGCUCACUGCACGUCCUUCUCAAGAACAAUCCUGUACCGGGGGUGCCUGAGAUUGACGAGUGGGAUCUGACUCUUCGGGAGUGUAUGCGGGUGCUAAAACCAGGUGGGUACCUCGACUACAUGAUCAUGGAUUCAACCAUUGCACACGCAGGGCCCCGGGCGGAGACCAUGUCGGUGGAAUUCGGGUUUGAAUUACACCGGCGCGGGUAUGAACGUGAAGCCGCUCGGAGUUGGCUCCGACGCCUGAAGAAAGAAGGCUUCGUCGGCGUCAAACGAGCUUGGAUGUUCAUGCCGAUGGGGCGAAGACCGCCCAAGGAGACAGAAGAGCAACCCUAUGGAUACAGUGGAGGCUGGCAGUCAUGGCGACAAGGGGGUAAGCCGUUUGUCCCCGCGCCGCGGCCAAUCAGUGAAGUGUCGACCAUCAGCAAGAUCGUCAGGCAAUACAUGGACGUAGAGGCCGUACAAGGUCCUGUGGGCAGUACACAGGAUGUCGCAGACCUGACUGGCCUCCUCGGGGCUCGCAUGUGGGAGGAGUGGUUGGUCAAGGUGCGGGCAGAGUCGGGAAGAGAACAGAGCCGGUGGCUCGAGGGCGUGGACGAGGUGAUCGAAGAAGGCAAGGAGCACGGUUCCGGGUGGAAAGUGUUGAUCGGAUGGGCGAGGAAAGCGAGGCCACACAAAUCCAAGCGGGUUGAAAGGGCCGAGAUCACGGUGGCGGUUGAAGAUAUGGCCGACUUGAGUCCGACCGACGAGUCUAUGGAGAUGGGAUUGAUUCCUAUGGUGAUUCAAGAAUGA